AUGUUCAAGUCCGUCCUCCCCACCGCUACCCGCGCCCUCCGCACCUCCAACCUCACCGCUACCCGCAGCUUCCACACGACUCUUUCCAGAAUGGGUGUCACCGUUGACAAAACGAGGGGUGGCGAGCUGCCUUACGUCCCAAGCGUAGCUGACAGUCAGGUUAUCAAGCCUGGAGAUGGCAAGACCUUCCCCAAGAAGGGCGACAAGGUCACCAUCCACUACGUUGGUACCCUCACCGACGGCUCCAAGUUCGACUCGUCGCGCGACCGCGGCUCGCCCUUCCAGUGCACCAUCGGUGUCGGCCAGGUCAUCAAGGGCUGGGACGAGGGUGUUCCCCAGCUCUCGCUCGGCGAGAAGGCCGUCCUGACCGCUACCCCUGACUACGCCUACGGAGCCAGGGGCUUCCCUCCGGUCAUUCCCCCCAACUCGACCCUCAAGUUCGAGGUCGAGCUCCUCAAGAUCAACUAA